GUGUUUGUGACUUGUGACAGCUGAUAAAUAUCAACAUUAAAAUUUUAUUUUUAUCUGGAACAUGAGAAAAUGUAAUGGAGAGAUAAUAUUUUACAAAUGAUUAUACCAUUAUCUUAAUGAAAAAUGAACACGGAAAUAGAGGAACAUAUUCGCAAAAAUGUUACGUGGGUUCAUCUUCCCACACACAUCAAACAGGUCUUGAGUAAUUCUUCUAAGGAGUAUGAUCGAUAUGUAGUAAAUUUCAGUAUAAAAAACCAACUGAGAUAUCGUGGUAAUCUAGUUCGACAUGUAUUUAGAGAUGAAAAACGAUAUUAUGAGAGAAUAAUAGCUUAUAGUAGAGAGAGGCUUAUGCUGUUUCCCUAUCAUCUAGCAGAUAUGGUUGUUAAAGGACUCAGAAUGACUCCGUUCAAUUACUAUAUAUCUGUAGUCGAGAAGCUUAUGCAAGCUGAAAAAAGUUAUGAUACUCUUCCUAACUUUACUGCUGCUGAUUGUUUACGGCUACUUGGCAUUGGACGAAAUGAAUACAUUGAUUUAAUGAAUAAAUCUAGAUCAAACAGGGGACGACUUUUCGGUAGAAAAAAUGUGAAAGUAUUGCUCCCUAGAGUUCCAUCUGAUAUACAUAUGGAACCUUGGUGGCGGGUUGAAGUGGGACUUGUUCUUGAAGAAGAUGUUAAGAUGGUGAAUGAUGCAGAACUGAUUGUUAUUGACAAGUUAAUCGAUUCUGGAUCCCAAAAUGCUGGUACUUUACCAUAUCACAUUGUUCGUAGUUUAUAUAAAAAAGGACUGAUUUACUUGGAUAUACCCAUUACUUCUGUCGAUAGGGUGCAGGUACCCCCACUUCAAGGUUUUGUGAUGAAUCGAAUUUUAGGAGAUUAUUUUGAAACACUUUUGUAUAAAAUAUUUGUUUCUAUAGAUGAACAUACCACUGUGGGAGAGCUUGCUGGAGUUCUACAAGUUGAUACUGAACUGGUCAAACAAGCAGUUUCUCUUUAUUGUAGGCUAAAAUUUGCCCGCAAACUGAAUUCAGACCCAUUGAGCACAGAACAGGAAACUAGGUACUGGCAUUCAUCCUGGAACUCUAUUCCUAUGGAAAAUACUAGAAACAUCGAUAUAACUCCUCUUACACUCAGCUUAAGUGGCAACGCCAACUUGACUACUACUACUGAAAUUCAGUCUCCACAAUUAGAUCUUCCAGAGAGUCCGGCAGGUUCGUCUUUACCAAGGAAUGGUCAGAGGAUUGCCUUUUUAUUUGAUUCAACUCUAACUGCAUUCCUAAUGAUGGGUAACCUUUCACCAGGGCUUAAAAAACACGCAGUCACCAUGUUUGAAGUUGGCAAACUGUGUGACGAGAGUUUGGAUAGCUUUUUAAUGGAACUAGAGAAAGUGUCGGUAUUGGAUGCUGAAGGUGAAGGAGAAGCUAGAAGAUUUUUUGACCAUGCUGUGAUUUUGAGAUCAACAGUACUAGCAUUGAGAAAGUUAGUUGGAACAGGGUUAGAUUUGGUCAGAUUAGAGAGCUUACACUCCUUGGACGAAGCGACUUGCCUACGACUCCUACAAAAGAAAUAUAAACUCCUUGUUUCAAUGGCGCCUCUAAGUAGAGAAGUUCGACCAGUUACCAGUUUACUACCUCCCCAUUUGGGACCUGCUGUACCUGAAGUUAAUACGUUGUGGUUUAAAAUGUUUCUUUACCAUAUUACUGGAUACGGUCCUCCUUCACUUCUACUUACUAAAGGGACUACUCUCAAACAAUUACCCAGAAUGUUUCUUGGUUUCACCCGUCUGUUGGUUACAUCAUGGCUUCAUGAACCAGCUGUUAUUCCUAUUGCUAACAUUCUUUAUGUUAAUGUUACUCUUCAGUUCUCACCUGUACUAGUCCAGGCCUACGGAGUUCAUCAACCUGCACAAACUUACAUAUUGCCAUUUCCAUUCAAACCUAAGACACCUUCCAAGAUAAAAAGAAAAUCGACAGACUUGAUGUUUCAAAACCAUCUAGCUGUAAGUUGUUUGACAGAAUUUGUCGAUUUGAACCAUAACUGCGGUUAUCUCACAUUUGCCAACAUUGGCGUGUUGGAUUUUGGCUGUCCCAACAGAGAAAGAGCAGUAAGACUGGGAAGAUCGAAUAGAACCUCAAAUUCAGGUUUUGCUAAAUCGUCAAAAACCAAAACUGAAAACAACAAUCAGACUGUGACUACUUCGAUAGCUAAUGAAAACUUCACCUUUAAUCCAAAUGAAAAAUCCCCAAAAUCAAAACUCCCAGACCAAAAAGGUGAUUCAAAACUAGGAUCUCAAGAAAAUAAUUUUGUUAUAAUAUCUAAAUCCAAUAGUCCCUGUUCUUCACCAACUAAUGGAUUUUCUUGCCAAGAAGGUUCCUACUUACUUCAACAGGAGUUAGAUCAACUUGAUAUUCAAGAAAGGACAAAACAAAAAGAAGUUCCUUCAGAUCUGAAUUUGAAAAAUAGCUUGUCGAUGGAUAUAUUGACGAGUCCUUGCGAUGAGAACAUUAAUAUGUUCAGUAGGGAAUUUGAGAAGGAGGAAAGUGUGAAAAUCCAAGAGGACUUGUCGGUACACACAAAUGACAAUGGCAAAAAUGAAGAAAGUAAAUCUGAGGUCUGGACCUUACUAGAUUGUCAUUUUGGGAUCCCACUGUUUGAUGUUAAUGCAAAUACGGAAAUCUGUGAUACAAUUGUGUACGGAGGCCUAUCGGAACCUAACAGUCUCGAAAACCUGGUUGAAUCAAGUAGAAAGUUGGGGUCCCUCUUACUAGAUUUCAUAUCACAAUGCCAGUACUAUCCCGGUGAAAAUAUGGAGAUUCUCAAACGUGGGCGACUGGUACCACUUCCUAGGCAUAAUCUUGUUUUUGAUAAUGGAAGAGUAAGUGAAUGGACAGGAAAGUAAACUUUCUAGUAUUCUCAUUUUGUUAUAUGCAAUAUAUAAAAGAAAUUAUGCUUUCGAGAGAACUUUUUGAUUUAUUACUCUUCAAAUUAUUCAGAAAGCAUAGUUUUUCCAAUUAAUCUGUAAAUAAUUUUAAUGCUUGUAUAGUACUUACCUGUCAAUCAAUCAGUUGAUUGGGAUUCGUUAUAACAAACUAUGAAAACUUUAUUAAUUCUACAUUCCAUUGUCAUACAUUAUUUUUUAUUGAUAAUUUUAAGCCUCCAUAUUAAGUUAAGUUAGCUAUUUUUAGAAAUGUUUAUAUGUUUGUUAUAUUAGAAAAUUAUUCAUUUUCAUUCAUUCAUUCCACUCUAUUCAUUAUAUAAUGUGUUGCUUCUAGUGAUUUUGUUUAUCAUGAAAGUUUUAUAAUUUAUUUCUGUAUUAGUGAGAAAUGUCAGGUUAUUUGGAGAAUUCUCUUUAGAUUUAUAGUCAAAAAUUUUAAACCGCUUUAAAUUUGAAUAAAAAAACACUGCUUUC